GGCUUGUACAUGGCCGUCGACUUGGGCGGCACCAACUUCCGCGUCUGCUCCAUCCAGCUGCACGGAAACAGCACCUUCAGCUUGACCCAGUCCAAGGUCGCAAUUCCGCGCGAGUUGAUGGUUGCUAAGACGUCUAAGGAGCUGUUCUCGUUCCUCGCCAAGCAGAUUGAGGUCUUCCUCAAAGCCCACCACAGCGAGCACUACCAUGGACACAUUCGCAGGCGCAAGACCAUCUCGUCGGAGCAAGGCUUCGCCGAAGAGGAAAUCUUCAGCCUGGGUUUCACUUUCUCCUUCCCCGUCCACCAGAUCGGCAUUAACAAGGGUCUGUUGAUGCGCUGGACCAAGGGCUUUGACAUUGCCGAUGCCGUGGGCAAGGAUGUCUGUGCCCUGCUGCAGACUGAGAUUGACGAGCUGCAUCUUCCCGUCAAGGUUGCCGCAUUGGUCAACGACACCGUCGGCACGCUUAUGGCACGGUCGUACACGUCGCCCGGCAAGUCUGGCACCCUUCUCGGUGCCAUCUUCGGCACCGGCACCAACGGCGCGUACGUCGAGAAGCUGGACAAGGUGACCAAGCUCAAGGGCGACAAGGAGGCCGUCUACGACAAGUCGACGGGCGAGAUGAUUGUGAACACGGAGUGGGGUUCGUUCGACAACUCGAUGAACGUGCUUCCCAACACGUCGUACGACAAGGAGCUGGACGAGAAGUCGGUGAACCCUGGCAUCCAGAUGUUCGAGAAGCGUGUGUCAGGCAUGUUCCUGGGCGAGAUCCUGCGUCUGGCGCUCGUCAAGCUGGUCAAGGACCCCAAGGUGCCGCUGUUCAAGGACGACAACUCGGCGACCAACGACAUGCACAGCACAACGAACAUUGCCGAGAGCUCAGCGCUCUUCAAGCAGUGGGGAGUUGACACGUCGUUCCUGUCGAUUGCCGAGGGCGACACUUCUCCAGGCCUGCGCAUGACGCGCCAGACGCUCGACAAGGACUACGGUAUUUCGGCCGCGAGCGCCGAGGACGCCGAAGCCGUUAAGCUGAUCGCUGGUGCGGUUGGCCGGCGCGCGGCCCGUCUGUCCGCCGUCGCCAUCGCAGCUAUUGUGCUCUCGACGGGCAAGCUGGCGUCGCAGCCCACGACGACGGCAGAUGUCAAGGCGGAAAUUGCUCGUGGCCCUGGCGCGCAGGACAAGGGCACUGCGCACGCCUCUGAGGAGGACGUCAUUGACAUUGGUGUUGACGGCUCGCUCGUGGAGUUCUACCCCGGCUUUGAGGACCACGUCCGCACCGCGCUGAGGGAAAUCCCGGAGAUUGGUGAGAAGGGCGAGAAGCGCAUCCGUAUCGGUAUUGCGAAGGAUGGCAGUGGCGUGGGUGCCGCGCUGAUUGCGUUGGUGGCGGCGAAGAUGGAGAAGCCGGAGUCGAUUGAUGAAGAGUAGGUUUGUGGUGAUAUUGUACUCAUGAGGUAACGAAAGAGCGGAGAGGCGCUGGUGUGCUAGUGCUGGGGAAGAAGGGGAGGGAUGGGCGUU